AUGGUUGAAAUCCCGUCUGAAAUUCGUUUUAGCAGGGGACAAGAUGUGGUGAUUGUUCUGGUGUAUGUGGAUGGUUUACUCAUCACUGGAAGCAACGCUGAGUUGAUUGAUGAGGCUAAAGAAGUGUUGCACAGAAAAUUCAAACUGAAAGAUCUGGGAGAGCUCAGGUAUUUUCUGGGCAUUAAAGUCUUGAGGUCUAAGUCAUGUGUCUUCCUAAAUCAAAAGAAGUAUGUGUUGGAGCUGGUUUCUGAUUUAGGCCUAAGUGGUGCUAGGGUAGCCAACACACCUUUGGAAUGCAAUCUGAAGCUAACAACUGUAGAGUAUGAUGAGGCAAUUGGAGUCAAAGGUGAUGGAAUACUGGAAGACAUCAACAAAUACCAGAGGUUAAUUGGGAGACUAAUGUAUGUCACUAUCACAAGACCUAAUAUCAACUUUGCAGUCCAAACACUCAGCCAGUUCAUGCAAGUACCAAAGUAG